AUGCAGGACCGCCGGUCGCUCGUGCUGGGAGUCUCCGUCCCCUUCUUCGUCAUCGCCAGCAUCUUCGUGGCCCUGCGGUUUGUCUCCCGCAUCUUCGUGGUGAGAAAAGUCGCGCUACACGAUUAUUUGAUGUUGCUCGCAUGGUUGAUCGACUUUGGAUUCUCAUUUUCCCUGUUCUACGCGACUAGCAAAGGACUCGGGCUCCAUGCGGACGCCAUCCCGCGAGCAGAUGAACCUGGCCUCAAUCGCGCUAAUUAUGCCUUUACCGUCCUCUACAAUCCAGCGUUGAUGUCCGUCAAAACCUCCAUCCUGGUCUUUUACUUGACUUUCACGCGCGGCGAGAAAGUCUUUCGAUGGGCCAACUACGUGACCCUUGCGGUGGUAAACGCGGCCGGUCUCGCAUUGACUCUUGUCAAUGUCUUCCAAUGCAAUCCCGUCAGCGCCGCGUUUUAUUCCACGGUCCCGAACGGUGCGCAAUGUAUCGAUAUCAUCACGCUGUACCUUUCCUCGUCGCCAGUGAACAUCAUCACCGACCUGGCCAUCCUUUUUCUGCCAAUGCCCAUCUUGACCAAUAUGCGGCUACCCAUGAAGCAGAAGGCGAUUCUGGUCAUUACAUUCAGCUUCGGUUUCUUCGUGGCCGUAGUCGAUGUGAUCCGAAUUGCUUUUCUCCAACGAGCGGCCACCUCCCAUAGAACGGAAAUCCGAUCAAUCCACAUCUCCAACAUUGGAAUUGCCGACUUUAGCUGGUAUGCGUCGCUGUCUUUCAUGUGGUCAGCCGUCGAAGUCAAUGUGUCCGUCAUCUGCGGAUGUGUUCCCAGUCUCAAGCCCCUUGUUGCCCGUCUUGUCCCCAAAUUGAUCAAAGACACAAACAAUUCAUCUGUUAACACCCCAAUUGCUCAUGGGGCAAGCGACAGUCCCGUUGCGAUGCCUUCACCCGCCGCAAUGCCCGCUUCUGGUGGCGAAACACCAUCUUCGCCAUCAGAUAGCAAUGAAAAACCGUCGCCGCAGCAAAGAAAGGGUAGCAUGGCUAUACGUCGUCGCAGUUCCAACGCCCUUAUGAUGAUGCAAGAUAUGUUCGGUCAGCAUGGCAGCGAGGGUCAAGACACAGAGGCAAACACGGCUCCCACCAGUUCAUCCCACCCAUAUAAUUUUAGAUUCUUUGACUUCGUCAACGUGAAGAAUCCAGAGAGCAUGCUCAAGUUGAAUAACAGAGAGUCGAUCGCGCCCAACGCCUGGACUACUCUGCUUUUCUUUCUGUGGGGAUUUGAAUACGGUUUAUUGGAUGUCCUCAAUAAUCAGUUCAAGAAGAUCGUUCGGCUUGACACCUGGCACUCAUUGGGUCUUCACGGUGCCUACUUUGGUGGGUAUGUCGUCGGUCCAUUGCUCGUCGGUCGCCCAGUCCUCAAAACCUGGGGCUUCAAAUCUACCUUCAUAACGGGAUUGUGUAUCUACGGCUGUGGAGCACUGAUCUUCUGGCCAUCUGCUGUCCUCACAUCUACUGCCGCCUUCACGAUAUCCAACUUCGUCGUUGGAAUUGGCCUCUCAGUGUUGGAGACGGCCGCUAAUCCGUUUAUCGCGCUGUGCGGUCCACUUGAAAAUUCAGAGAUCCGUUUGAAUAUUUCACAAGGCGUGCAAGCUAUCGGAAGCGUUCUCUCACCGUUGUUGGCCCAGAAGGUGCUUUUCAAGAGCGUCACUGACGUCGCCUCUCUGGUAGACGUGCAGUGGACGUAUCUUGGGAUUGCUCUUUUUGAUGUGCUUUUGGCAGUGGCCUUCUAUUACUUACCGAUUCCUGAGGCAUCUGAUGACGACCUGGAGGAGCUAGCCAAUCGUCGCCGAGGAGACAACAUGACCAAAGUACUUGGAGUCCCUGUGGUCUGGCUCACCCUUGCAUUGGGAGUGUGGUCACUAUACUUUUAUGUGGCUGGACAGGAAGUCCUUUCGACAGCUCUUGAAAGAUAUGUCCUCUCUGCAAAUUCUGGAACAUCCAUUGAUGCGUUCGAAAUCUUGACGAUCGGCCAUAGCGUCUUCGCCGUAGGGCGCUUCGUUGCCGCCUUUGCGCAGUUGUUCCUGAAGCCUCGCUGGAUUCUCAUGAUCUCUUACAUUGGGAUGAUCGUCUUCUCUGUGCUCUGCAUGAAGACCACCGGCUGUGCAGCCAUAGUUAUGGCCAUGCUAGUCUACCUCUUCGAGAGUGGUGCCUUCAGCAUCAUCUUUGCCAUCUCACUGCGCGGAACGGCCCGACACACAAAGACCGCCGCAACAUUCUUGACCGUCGCCGUCAGCGGUGGCGCCUUCUUCCCCUUCGCGCAGUAUGCCGCCUACCUAGCCCGCGGCCAGUCAUACUCGUUCUGUGUUCUCGUGGCGGUUUUCUGUGCCGGUGCCAUCUUCCCCUUCUAUCUCAACCUCGUCCCUGCCGCCAAGAAACAAGUUGACCCUGUUCCGAAUGAGUAUCUUCGUGGUUACCGACGCCGCAGCCGCAAUCAACAGAAUGCCAGUCCUCGAGAUAAAAAUAGCUCAGCUGAGAAUGAUGUGUUCUCUCGUCGCCGCAGUGUUCUCGAAAAUCCCCUACAAUCUGUCUCUUUGCCUGAUAUGACCCAUCCAAGGCUACAGUCACAGAAUAUCUGGAGCUCGCAGCUCAGCCUGAACUCAGGCUUAAAAAGACAUUCCAAUCUGUCAAAAAUCUAG